GGACGGAUGAUACACUUUCAUAAAGGCGAGGGCAGUGCACUCCGCGUGCCAAGGUGAUUCGCUGCUUGGCUCUCCGCCCCUUCCUUUCGGGUCCCUUGUGCGCGUUGUUGCGAGCUGGCUUGUCGCCUGCGUUCUUAAGUCGGUACACCCCCGUCCUCCUCCGGCGCCCAGAAUUCUUUGCAUUGUACUGCUGCAAGCCUGUGAACUGCUGCAAGCGCCGCACUUCCAAGCGCUCUUGUCGACUAUAAGCCAAUCUGACCGCUUAUUGUUGGAUUGCGAGUCUUGUCACGGUUGAUUGUCAACUUGCAUCGACUUAGCUCUCGAAGCGGAGAAGGGUAGGCUGUGCCAAGAGACUUCGACUGCCAAGCAUCAUGGACUCUACACCUUCAAGCACCGAUCAAACUACCUUGACCGUCGCGCAAGCCGUCGCGCAAGCGGCAGCACAAGCGCAGGCAUCGCCAGUGCAGCCUCCGUUGUCUGGGCCGAGCAGCACGAUAGAUAACCUGACGUGCCAGUGGCAAGGCUGCGGCGAGCGAUGCGACACAGCAGAGGCACUCUAUGACCACGUAUGCGAGCGCCAUGUCGGUCGCAAAAGCACCAACAACCUCAACCUCACCUGUCAGUGGGGCGCGUGCAGGACGACCACCGUGAAGCGCGACCACAUUACCUCCCACAUCCGAGUGCACGUUCCAUUGAAGCCGCACAAAUGCGACUUCUGUGGCAAGUCGUUCAAGCGUCCGCAGGAUUUGAAGAAGCAUGUCAAGACACAUGCAGACGAUAGCGUGCUUGCCAAUUCGCCUAGCCAAGGCAGCAAUGGUCGCGCGCUUAGUGGAAACGGCGGCAUGGGUCCAAAUGGUAAGGGCCAGUCCAGCUACUACCCUACUCAUGAUGGCUCUAUGCAUCCAUUCUCCGGCUACCAGCAUAGCUUAGGUAGCAAUGGUGCUAAUGCCACUGCAUACACUCAACCCGGAGGAAACCAAUAUGGCAGCUACGGCGCAGUCAGCUACCCCAACAGCGCAGGCGUUGACAUUCAUAGCCUCGACACACGACGUCGUGCAAUAGAGGCUUUAAAUGACUUCCUGGGUGACAUCAAGCGCCGCGCUCUUAAUCCACAACAAUAUAUGGACGUCGGACAACGCCUUGGCUUCGGUAACUCGCUGCCUUUGCCUGUUGGUGGUGGAUAUAAUACCGGAUACAGUAACUCAUCAACCGGCGCCAGCUUCGGCAACUUCACCGCGGCAAGCUUGCUCGACUCAUUCAACCACAACGAAAGCAUGAAUGGCGGUGGCGGCCUACACGGUCCCAUGACGCAAGGUGGUUACUCUUUGCCGCUGUCGCAUGCACGUACCAAGAAUGACUUGCAAGACAUCGAUCGCUUCCUCGAACAGCUCCAACAGACUGUGUACGAGACCAGCAACCAUGCCGCAGCGGCCGGUAUCCAGCAACCUGGCGUCCAUGCGCAGUACACCGGCGACUAUGGCUUCAACAACCAGUAUCAAUCGCGUUCCAGCGGUAGUCCGCCCAAUUUCCAGGGUACUACCGCCGCGGGUAGUUUCGGUGGCCUGACGGCGGCAAGUAUGCCAGGUAUGACUGCCGCUUCGAGUACCAGCAUGGAUACGCCCGCCUUGACACCUGCUUCAGUCUCCUCCUAUAGCAGCUCUGGGCAGUCGCCUUUGAGCAGCCACGGCAGGAACAGCCUCGGCAGCAUGAACGGGAACGCGAUGUACCCAAGCCUUCCGUCCGUUACCGGUAUCUCUGAUCUUGGCUCUGGUUACCCCACAACCUCUUCUGCUCCCGCAUCCGGUCUCGCAUCUGGCUUCGAGGGUCUGGAUGGGCGCAGAUACAGCGGUGGGCGUUUGCAACGUCAAGCUCCGGGUGACGACACCGCGAUGGCCGAUGCGGACGAUGGUACUAGGACGCCCAAGCAAGCAGAUUCCAAGCGCUCGAGAGGCAAAGCGAACAGUAGCAUUGACCCUGCGCUUCGCGACGAGGAAUCUUCCGACAGUGCGUCGACGCCCGCUGCUGACGAGAAGCGUCAGGAGGACUGGGUUGAGAACAUCAGGACCAUCGAGACGCUGCGCAAGUGGGUCGCCGAACGUCUCUCCCGUGGCGAGUAUGAUGAGGACGGUGCUGCAGACGUCAGCGACUCUAAACAGGGAAGUCUGGACGAGGCAAAGGCUCAGGCGGAGAUUGCGAUGAUGGUGCAGGCGAAGAUUGCGGGAAUGGGGGCAAAGCCAGAUUCUGUGAUGAGUGAGGCGGGAGAUGUCAAGUACCCUUCGCUGCCCACUGCAUAG